AUGAGCGAUGAGGCCGUCUACCUGCUGCAUGGAGGCAGCGACGUCAGUCGCCAUCCUGAAACCUGUCAAGCAAUAGACGAAAAAACGGCAAACAAGAACGACGACAUUCAGAAGUUGGAAGGAGUCAGAGACGCAGAGAAAGAUAGAGUAGCAAAGAAGCAGAGAUCGAAAAGAAUGAGAUUGAAGCAAAGGAAUGACGUAGCAUUGAAUCAGGACAAUCAAUUGUAUAGGAAAUUGGAAAUCAUUAAAAAUUCAAAUCUACCGACAGCAAAGGAAACGGGAGUAAUUUUCAUCGAAUUCGAUGACUUCUGUGAAUUAAUUUGA